AUGCAGAGGGCGUCAUGCAGAGGGCGUCAUGCAGAGGGCGUCAUGCAGAGGGCGUCAUGCAGAGGGCGUCAUGCAGAGGGCGUCAUGCAGAGGGCGUCAUGCAGAGGGCGUCAUGCAGAGGGCGUCAUGCAGAGGGCGUCAUGCAGAGGGCGUCAUGCAGAGGGCGUCAUACAGAGGGCGUCAUACAGAGGGCGUCAUGCAGAGGGCCUCAUGCAGAGGGCGUCAUGCAGAGGGCGUCAUGCAGAGGGCGUCAUGCAGAGGGCGUCAUGCAGAGGGCGUCAUGCAGAGGGCGUCAUGCAGAGGGCGUCAUGCAUGCAGAGGGCGUCAUGCAGAGGGCGUCAUGCAGAGGGCGUCAUGCAGAGGGCGUCAUGCAGAGGGCGUCAUGCAGAGGGCGUCAUGCAGAGGGCGUCAUGCAGAGGGCGUCAUGCAGAGGGCGUCAUGCAGAGGGCGUCAUGCAGAGGGCGUCAUGCAGAGGGCGUCAUGCAGAGGCGUCAUGCAGAGGGCGUCAUGCAGAGGGCGUCAUGCAGAGGGCGUCAUGCAGAGGGCGUCAUGCAGAGGGCGUCAUGCAGAGGGCGUCAUGCAGAGGGCGUCAUGCAGAGGGCGUCAUGCAGAGGGCGUCAUGCAGAGGGCGUCAUGCAGAGGGCGUCAUGCAGAGGGGCGUCAUGCAGAGGGCGUCAUGCAGAGGGCGUCAUGCAGAGGGCGUCAUGCAGAGGGCGUCAUGCAGAGGGCGUCAUGCAGAGGGCGUCAUGCAGAGGGCGUCAUGCAGAGGGCGUCAUGCAGAGGGCGUCAUGCAGAGGGCGUCAUGCAGAGGGCGUCAUGCAGAGGGCGUCAUGCAGAGGGCGUCAUGCAGAGGGCGUCAUGCAGAGGGCGUCAUGCAGAGGGCGUCAUGCAGAGGGCGUCAUGCAGAGGGCGUCAUGCAGAGGCGUCAUGCAGAGGGCGUCAUGCAGAGGGCGUCAUGCAGAGGGCGUCAUGCAGAGGGCGUCAUGCAGAGGGCGUCAUGCAGAGGGCGUCAUGCAGAGGGCGUCAUGCAGAGGGCGUCAUGCAGAGGGCGUCAUGCAGAGGGCGUCAUGCAGAGGGCGUCAUGCAGAGGGCGUCAUGCAGAGGGCGUCAUGCAGAGGGGCGUCAUGCAGAGGGCGUCAUGCAGAGGGCGUCAUGCAGAGGGCGUCAUGCAGAGGGCGUCAUGCAGAGGGCGUCAUGCAGACUUUGUGA